AUGUUAUUCUCAGUGAAUCUCUCAGUUAAGAACACUGAAAGUUUAGAAUGAAUUAUUUUUUUGAAACAAAUUGCUGUAGUUCUAAUUGAUAUAUUAAUAAUAAUACAUACAUACAUAAAAAUUCAUUUAUUCUAAAAAAUUUUUUUAUCAUAUUAAAAUGUGAGGGUCAGAUUUUAAUAAGAUCUGAUCGAACAGAGUAAUGCUCUGACCGAUGCGCUUGCUUCUCAAAACUCAGCUAUUUCUGUCUAGUCAAGUCCGAUCUAAACGGAUUAGUUGAGGUUGGGAUUAAAAAAGGGAUAAGGUAAUCGCUGUUAGGCAUCUGAGCCGCAGCCUAUUUCUAAUAAUGUGCUAGAGUCUUCAAAAUCUGUGAAUAUCCUAUGUUGGAACCUUUAAGGAUACUCCUACCGAAAAUAUGAGCAUCUAAAAACCUCCCACAUCAUUUUAGCUUAAGAGGCUAACUUGAUUGAUGGGAAGAAAGACUAUAAUGUAUAUGGCUACUAAAGCUAUAUUAAAGAAAGAAUUGGACACCCUCUAAUGACUCUGGUUAGGAAAAAAAUCCUUCCAGAAGAAUCCAUGAUCUAGAAACCCAAAAUAACUUAGUGUUUGAAGUCUUUUUCUCAAAAUUCUCCUUAUUAGUAGUAAAUAUCCACUUAACUAGUGGAUCUAAGAGAGAGUGGAAGGCCACUCUAGAAAAGUUUUAAUAUGCUCCUUCUAUAAUGGUGGAGAUAUUAACUAUUAAAUGAAAAAGAAUCCAAAUCCCUAUUAUGAUUUAAUAACUAAAGAU